AUGUCUGAACCAGCUCAAUCUAACGGUCAAACCCCAGACGUUAAGCCCGAUGUUAAGCCUGAUGUCAAGACUGAAACUCACAUCAAUCUAAAGGUUUCAGAUGGUUCUUCCGAGAUUUUCUUCAAGAUUAAGAGGACUACUCCUUUGAAGAGAUUAAUGGAAGCUUUUGCUAAGAGACAAGGUAAGGAAAUGAAUUCUUUGAGGUUUUUGUAUGAUGGGAUUAGAGUGCAAGCUGAUCAAACCCCUGAAGAUUUAGAUAUGGAAGAUAAUGACAUUAUUGAAGCUCAUAGAGAACAAAUAGGUGGUUCAUUUGCAUGUUAA